AUUGUUUAAGUCAGUAUCAGUACGGAAAGCAAUCGAUUAGCAGUGAGGAGUAGUAGUAGAGCACCAGCAGUAGCAGCAACCCGAAGAACCAACACCUCCAGGAGCAACCCAUUGGACUCUUUGGAAGGAUUUUUCCCUAUCAACGGCAGAGAGUGUGGUUGCGUGAGAAACAAACGAAAAAACCAAAGUGAUAAAAGUGAAUUACCAACGAUAAUUAAGUGCCACUUACGGAAAAUCAAAUACUCAGAAUGUCGUCCAGAAACACCGUGCUAGAAUGUCUUCUGCUUGCCUCAUUCAUCACCUCCGCGUUAUGCGCCUCGACAGCCGGAAUUCGCGGUCAGACUCGUGUUGGCCACAGUAACAACAACGAAAAUGGCUGGUUCGGUACCGAAAUGAGUGUGUUGCACAAGGUUUACGAUGAUUGCCAGGAUAAGCAAGAUUUUACCGGUUGUCUCAAGGGCAAGGCCCUGACGGCAAUCUCUCGUGCUAUUGAUAUGGAAUCGGUUCAGCUUCUCGACGGAGUGUCUCUAGUGAAGCAUCAGGCCGUCGAAAACGCAAGCAUCCCAUUCCUGUCCGAUGCCCGUGCACUGAGCGGUCUUGGCGACGUUGAACGCUCGAUCCUGGCCAAAUUGAACAAAUUCUUCCAGACGCACUCUCUGCGCGUUGAUAUGCAGGAAGGAGCUGCCCGUGGCAACAAAGGCAACAAGCAUCACCGUUACCUGAUCGCUGCCUUCCUCACCGCCAUGGGUAUCGCUGGCCCCAUCGGUCUGAAGGUGUUGGCUGCCGUCGCCGGUAAGGCCUUGGUCAUCUCGAAGGUUGCUCUCACCAUUGCCAGUAUCAUUGCCCUGAAGAAGCUCUUCUCCCACGACCGUCAUGAGGAGACCAGCUUCCAAGUGCAUGCCGGACAUGAUAACAGACGAAAUGCUUACAUCCUCCGCAAUCCAGCGAAGAUGGCCGUCGCCAGCGUUGACCCCUACCGGUACUACUACGACCAGCAACAGCAGCAGCAGCAGCAACCACCACAACAGUAUGGUGCAAUCUAAGGUGCCCCCCCUUUUCGAGUCCAGAACAAGCGAAUCCACCCCAACACAAGCGCAAACAGCAAACCCUCUGUGUAGAUUAAUAUUUAUUUUUAAUUUAUUACCAACGUUAAAUUAUUGCUAGGUAUUACACGUAAUUUACUGAAAAAAACCCCAAGCGAGGCCACCAGAUACCAAAUCCCGAUCGCGUCGCGCUCUUGUUUUUGUUUGCGACGGAGAUCGCGACUUUGUACAGCAUCAUGAUGGACUACAGCACACUACAGCAAAGUAACCAAAAAAAUAAGUCGUAAAAGUUCGAAUACCCCCUCCAAGGGCGCGUGAGAUUUUAUUACUGCGUGUGGUGUAAUAAUAAUGAUACAACAAACUUUGAGGUUGACGGUUUUCAACGCGAAACUUGUGUGACGAGUAUAUGAGUAGAUCAAUAAACUGAAUGAUAUAAGCAAA